UUGGGCGUGUGAGUGCGCAGGCGUGCUUGACCGAGAGCUGAAAGGCCUUGGAGCUUUUUCUGAAAGGUGUUCCCAGAGGCCAGGGCGCGACGAUCUAAGGUCCCGGGGCCCUCUAGCGCCAUGGGCAGCGGCUGCCGCAUCGAAUGCAUAUUCUUCAGCGAGUUCCACCCCACGCUGGGACCCAAGAUCACCUAUCAGGUUCCUGAGGACUUCAUCUCCCGGGAGCUGUUUGACACGGUCCAGGUCUAUAUCAUCACCAAGCCAGAGCUGCAGAACAAGCUCAUCACCGUCACAGCCAUGGAGAAGAAACUGAUCGGCUGCCCCGUGUGCAUCGAGCACAAGAAGUACAGCCGCAACGCCCUGCUCUUCAACCUGGGCUUUGUGUGUGACGCCCAGGCCAAGACCUGCGCCCUUGAGCCCAUCGUCAAAAAGCUGGCUGGCUACCUGACCACACUGGAGCUAGAGAGCAGCUUCGUGUCCACGGAGGAGAGCAAGCAGAAGCUGGUGCCCAUCAUGACCGUCUUGCUGGAGGAGCUAAAUGCAACAGGCCGGUGUACUCUGCCCAUUGAUGAGUCCAACACCAUCCACCUGAAGGUGAUCGAGCAGCGGCCCGACCCUCCUGUGGUUCAGGAAUACGAUGUGCCUGUCUUUACCAAGGACAAGGAGGAUUUCUUCAACUCACAGUGGGACCUCACCACACAGCAGAUCCUGCCCUACAUCGACGGUUUCCGCCACGUCCAGAAGAUCUCAGCCGAGGCAGAUGUGGAGCUCAACCUAGUGCGCAUCGCCAUCCAGAACCUGCUGUACUAUGGUGUCGUGACCCUGGUGUCCGUCCUCCAGUACUCCAACGUGUACUGCCCGACACCCAAGGUCCAGGACCUGGUAGAUGACAAGUCCCUGCAAGACGAGUGUCUGUCCUAUGUGACCAAACAAGGGCACAAGAGGGCCAGCCUCCGGGACGUGUUCCAGCUGUACUGCAGCCUGAGCCCCGGCACCACCGUCCGAGACCUCAUCGGCCGCCACCCGCAGCAGCUGCAGCGCGUUGACGAACGGAAGCUGAUCCAGUUCGGGCUUAUGAAGAACCUCAUCCGCAGACUACAGAAGUACCCCGUGCGGGUGUCUCGGGAGGAGCGGAGCCACCCUGCCCGGCUUUACACCGGCUGCCACAGCUACGAUGAGAUCUGCUGCAAGACAGGCAUGAGCUACCACGAGCUGGACGAACGUCUGGAGAAUGACCCCAACAUCAUCAUCUGCUGGAAGUGAGGCUGGUGUGGGGCUGGACGCAGCCGCGGCUGCUCUCCCCUGCUAAGCCCUGCAUGGUGCAUGCGGGCUCGACCGUCCUGUCUCACUGUUGACCCGCACUUCUGUAAAUGAAGUGGAACAUUUCAACCUGCUUGACUGAACACCACCUCUGAGCCAGCCGUGGGAGUGAGUGAAACAGCCAGGUUCCUGGCGCCUUGGAGCGCCAUCUGGUGGUCAGGCCCGACAAUAGACAAGUAAACGAGCGGGCUACUUAUCAAUAAAAACUCGAGUAAAAUGAGGAAGCCGUGAUGAAGAGUGGGUUGGGAUGGGAGCCCGGGCUGCUCUGGAGCAGAUGCGCAAGGAAGGCCUCGCUGAGCCCUCGAGGAGGAAGAGUGUUCCAGGGAACAGGCGCAGAAGCUCUGAAGCAGAAACCACUUAGGGGUGUGUGCGGAGCCCAAGGGGCUGGAACAUCAGAGGCAAAGGGUGGAGGGGCAAGAAGCAAAGUCACGAAUAGAAGAGGGAGCAAGAGCCUGAUGCUUCCGUCUGGUGGCGAGCUGCUUCAGAUGUAUUUAGAAGGCCAGCGGCAGCCAUAGAAUGACCCCCGAGUAAUGUCUCGUGUACGCCUUUUAACAAUCCAGUAAAAAGGCUCAGCCCUGGCUGGUGUGGCUCAGUGGGUUGAAUGCCGCCGGCCUGUGAACUGAAGGGUCGCGGAUUCAAUUCCCAGUCAGGGCACGUGCCUGGGUUGCGCUGGCCAGGUCCCCAGGCUG